CUUUGCGCAGGCGCUGCUCAGUGAGAAGAGAACCAGUCGAGCGACAAGACGCGAAAACCAGGUCGCUGCUGCUCCUGUUUAAGUGGCCCCUUUUGCUGUUUUGCAGUUCAUCACAUGCAGAAGAAAAAUUUGCUUGUGAGAUGCAAGUUGAUCUCUUACUAAGACAUUUGAAUAAGGUUUACUUUAAAAUAUCGGCUGUCCUCAUUGAAGUUUAAAGAUUUUUAUAAUUGUUAACUUGAAAUUAUUAAAAUGGCAUACACAAGGAAGCAGCUAAUCACGCUGAUAGUGUUUAGUGUUGCACAGUUUUGCAACGCUGUGUGCGUAUCUUUGCAAGCCCCGUUUUAUCCUGCCGAGGCCGAGAGGAAGGGCGCGACGGCCACGCAGUACGGAUUGGUCUUUGGCAUCUUCGAGCUGACGGUGUUUAUUGUCAGCCCCAUCUAUGGGAGGUUUCUCAACACGGCGGGCGCGAAGCUGAUCAAUAAUCUUGGGAUUUUUACGGUGUCCGUCAUGUGCAUACUCUUCGGGUUUCUGGACAAAAUCAACGACACGACCACCUUCAUCGCCCUCUCCUUUGUCAUCAGGAUCGUCGAGGCUAUGGGCAACGCUGCCUUCGUGACCUCCGCCUUCAGCAUCAUAGCCAAAGAGUUCCCGAAGAACGUGGGUGCCGCCUUCGCCACGAUGGAGACCUUCUUCGGGUUAGGGCUUAUCGCCGGCCCAACUGUGGGCGGUGCCCUUUACGAGCUUGGAGGGUACACGCUGCCGUUUAUGUCGAUGGGCAUUAUCCUCUUGCUGGCUGCCAUUUUGACCUUUUGCUUGCUGCCAUCGGCAGGAGUCGAGCCCAACGAGUCUGAGAGCAGUCGAGGUUACUUGUUUGCUGCCCUUCGGCUGCCAUCGAUCCUCCUUGCUACGUUCUCCAUCAUUUCCACCUCCAUCAGUAUAGGUUUCCUCCAGGCAACCUUGGAACCCCAUCUGCGCCCCCUCGAGUUGACGCCCUUCCAGAUGGGUCUUAUGUUCGUGCUUAAUGGUGCUACCUACGCCCUGUCUGCUCCCUGUUGGGGGUGGCUCUGCGAUCACUGGCUGUCGCCAAGGUCGGUUACAGCCUUCGGCGCUGUCACGGUGGUUGUAGCCUUCGUAUUCGUAGGCCCCAUGCCCUUCCUACCCUUGGACACCUCGCUCCCCGUUUGCAUCGCUGCGCUGAUUAUCCACGGCAUUGGCAUGGGAGCUCAGCUUGUAGCGACCUUCACUGGUGCUCAUCGCGACGCCGUUAGCAACGGGUUCCCCGAUGACCUGGGAACUUACGGCCUCGUCUCCGGUAUCUGGACGUCGGCCUUCGCCCUAGGUUGCUUCGUUGGACCUUCUGCUGGCGGUGUCCUUUUCGAUCACAUAGGAUUCCGAUGGGCUACCGUGAUAGUAGCCUCCCUCCACGUCCUGGUGGCCUUCGCUACCAUCACAUUCAUAUGUUGCAAUGGGAACAGACCGGAGUCAAACCUGUAUACCAGCAUUCACGAUUCCAAGGAGGAACGGGAAUCCCUCGUUACAGGCGGGAGACCACGCAAUACCGAUGGAGACUCGACCUAUGGGAGCGCCGGAUCCUCGCAGGAGUGCCUGCACGUCUGAUCGAUCCCCACCGGUUGUCAUGUCACUGUGAUUUCUCAUUGGUGCUGUUUGUUAAGUACACAAGGAAUAGCCUAGAACAGUUAGUCAUAAAUUGCUGAACUACCAAAAUAAUCUUCAUUACAAAGUAACGUAAUGUUUUCUGUAACUAAUGAAAACUGUCUUGAAUUUGGUAUGGUCAUUGUAAAAACCUUGUUAAGUAAUUUUUAUGAAAACCUGCAGAUUUUAUUUAUUCGUUCAACAGAGUUUAUUGUUUUGUAAAAUUAAUAUGGUUUGUAUGUGUGUGUGUGUGUGAGAGAGAGAGAAUGUGUGUAAGAGGUUUCAUAUUUAUGAAAUGUAUUGAACUGAAGUUUUAGUCCUGUUCAAACUCAAUUAUGUAAUGGCCCAAGAUGGAUGCUUGUAUGUUUAAGGAAAUUUUGUGCUUGUUGUACAUUUUAUCACCGGGAUUUUAUAUUGUACCAUUGUUACUUGAGCUUUAAAAUUUAUUUGGUUAUACGUUGAAGUCUUUUAGAUGUUUUAUAUUUUACGGUGUGUCGUUUUGUGAAAUUUUCCAGUGAGGCUGUAAUUACUGUGUACGAAUUUUCAUUAUGGUUGUACUUUGUAAAAUUUUCCACCGACUAGAUACAUUGUGCUGUUAAGUGAUUAUUUUUUUUUGUUUUUGUUAUAAACGCACAAUGAAAACUGUAGUGCGGGAACGUAAACUUAAAAUGAAGCAUUUAUGUGCAUCCAUCUCGCCGCAAAUGCAUACUUGAAAAAGUGUAUGAAUGGCGUAUUUACAGUAAUGUAACCACGAGAUAAAUCAUUAUUCCAUGAGGGUUUCAUUUGAAUAUGACUGUUUUCAGAUAAGAACGCCUAGAAUAGUGUUAUUUCAGAAGUACAGGGCAUAAUGUGUUCCUGUAUCUAUAACUUAUCUCUUGUCACUGUUGUGAGAUGUUAUUUACUGAUGGUUCCCGGAUAUAUGUAGACGAAUUCGAGCUUGGGAGUGAAAUUGGGUGACGGCCCGGUGAUGCCAUCAAUGUUCGAGAUGCUCCGAAGUUAUGCUUCGAAUUAUGACCGAAGUUCUCCAUGGUGAUUUACAUUCUCAUUACAGUGUACCGUGAAUUUUUCUGCAUUAAUUUUCCAUAACAUUACUGGAUGUUACCGUUAAAAUGUUCUAAACUAUUAAUGUAAAAUGUUUGGAAUUAAUUUGUUGCAAAUUCAUUGAAACUGUUGUUUUAGUGUUUUAAAGUAUAUAUUUUAAUAUGUUCAAUUAAUUAGAAUGGGCGAUAUUUUAAUAUUUUCAGUUAAUUAGAAUGUCUGAUAAGGUUUCUUUAAAUGUUGUGAACGACCUUUGAAAGUAACGGAAACAAAUCUCUGGGUUUUUGUGUUUUUCAAAUUGCACUUAAGUAAUUAAAAUUAACAUCUGCAAGUUGUGUCUGAAAGUUAAUUUUAGGCGAAUACCACAUUUGAAAGAACCAUUAACAAGGCCAGUAAUUUCUAACAGGCGCUUUCAAUGUCAUGUUUCCUAUUUCAAUGUCAUGUUUCCCAAGAAGUGACAGUUGAGUGUACAAGCAUGUUAUCCUUCUUCCUUAUGGUUGCACGGAGCAUUACUUUGUAACUUAGGUAAACUCCAGAAUUUUCAUAAAUUAGUUGUCGUCUCUUGAAAUGAUUGUCUGUGAUAUUCCGAGAGUAAAAAGCUGCAUUCGAAUGCAUCGUAGAGUAGGCUGUGUCAGGAGCCAGUGAACACUUGCUGGUUAAUGAAGAUCUAUUAAUGGUUGUUCUGAAGUUGCGUGUUGUGCUCACUUUCCGUAGAUGUGAAAGUUAGUUUCACAUGCGCAUAAAGGUCACCAGAAAUACUUUUUGUUGUAAGUUGUACUUGGGUAAUUACGUACCUGUAUACCAAGGGUCCCCUCCCAAAAGUUGUAAUGGCUCGAAUACCUCGUAUUUUGAUAAUAAAAGAAUGUUGUUUGAAUUGCUGAUGCUCGAUAGUGCUUGCAUAUUAGGUUCGAAAUUUGCUUACUCAGAAAGUGCUUUGUCAUGUUUCGAAUACUUGUGUUAAUUUGAAUAUGAUUUGUUUUUUAUUUCAAGCUCUUCUGAAUAUUUAAUUGUACUAAUUGCUUAGAGAUCUGGAUGCGGCUGAUUUAGUUUCAUCAUGUCCACAUUUUAAUUACAUUUUCAAUACAUCUAUUGUAAUAUAAUGUUACGUGUAAAUAUUUGUAUAUAAUAUUAUGCAUAUUGAUUAUUUUUCUUAAAUCAAAUGCUAUUUUUUGUAACUGUCGAUAUACAUUUUGAAACAGUAUAUCGGUGAGAGGGGCCAUAUGAACUUACUAUUUUACAAAGUUCUCAUGCACAACGUCUGUACUUUAUAUUUUUAUUGUGAUUAUAUGUUGGAUGUAAA